AUGAUUCCAUCGGAACUGAACGAAGAUUCAGAACAGUUUAGGAGUUCUUUACAAGCCGCUUCCAUCCAAUGCGCAAAUCGUUGUUACCAAGGCCAGGUUUACGUGGCCAAGGAUACUGUAGGUUUUUUUAAAAUUAGUUUUAUUCGUCUCAUUAUAUCAUAUAUAGGUCAACUGUCCAAACUAUGUUUUUUUGGUUGUUUGAUAACCUUUUUGGCGUCUUGGUUUGUAUGAAUUGCAUUCCCCUACAUUGAAAACAAUUCUUGGAGGGCAUUCGCUCAGGUUGGCACCGGUCUUAACGUCGGGAAUGUGGGAAAGGCGAUUUCGUAAUAAAAAGCGCGCGAUUUCUAAGGGCUUGGUAUCCUUGGAAGACUGCGGAGAGCGGGGUUUAGCUUUUCUUCUGUCAAUCCAGAUAGAUUUAGCGAUGUUUUCCACAAAAGAAAUCCCAUCUAGAUCGCUCCCGAAUCCCUUUUGUGAACACUUCUUUGAUCCAAAUUCAAUUCGAAUGCUUCCACUAAAAUCCCAACAAGAAAGUCAGACAAUUGAAAUCAAACCGGUAGUAGUAAUCAAACAAUUUCAGAAAACAUUCAAGAAAUCUCAAUUUGUGGUAUGCUCGAUACGAACAUUGGAGAUUCAUGGGCCAAAAAAGAGCUUCAAGAAAACAGAAUGGAUUAAGCAAAUCAUUGAUCUCCUGAAUGUCUACAGUUUGACCAUCAAAGAACAUCCCAAACUGACGACUUGUAUUGUUCUCGUUACCCCAGAUCAGACAGUAUUCCUGCGAGCUGCGGACAGAAAUGCUACUCUUCUGUGGUACUCGAUUAUCUUCAACAGUGUUUACACUUGUCGCUCAUUCAAUCCCGAGAAAUCGAUGCCGCGAGAUCAUUACCCAGGUAUGUCAUGCUCUUGUUGAUGUUAUGUGGGUUGUUUUUUUUACAUUUCAAGGUGUAAACUCGUCUCAGGUUUCAAAAUUUUAAGCUUUGUGUAAAUGUAAUUAUCGUUUCUAUGGUUAUCUUCCGUUUAAUCAGAGUUUUAAUAACUGGCUACUACCGUAAAUGUUAUGGCCGCCCCCAAUGUUAUUAGUUAAUUAGUAGCCAAUUUGUAUGUCCAUGUUGUUUGUUAUGUAAUCUUUUUGCAAAUUAGUAAUUGAUGUUGUUGGAUGUGUUCAAAAAAAAAAACAAAAUGAAAAUACAAAUUUUGUAGAGUACACGUGGGAUAUGAAGGUUUUGGGCAGCUCCAAAUACAGCGUCGCCCAUUACAGUAACAGCAACAACAUCACAGAUAAGGAGCCUGAAUUGGCUGGCAGGAAACGAGUCUGUCUCUACCGGAAUUCCCUCGCCUUUGUCCAUUUGAAUGAAGAACCCAUGGAUAUCUACGACUUUGUUGACUGGAACGUGCAGUACGUCAAGCGACCCCAGUAUUACUUAAUUUCUGUAAGUCCUUUUUUAAAUAUUCGACGCCAUCUGAUAAUUGCGCUGUAUAUCAUUGUUCCUAUAACUAUUUUCAGAGAAGUAAUAUAACUUACUACGGAAAUCGGAAUAAACAUUUCAUCUUCUGCAUCCGAGAGAUGAACGGCGAGAAAGCCAAGGAAGUUGUUCUUGAUGCUGAAUCCGAGAGAGAAGCGGAGGAAAUCAAACUGGCUUUGGAAGAGCUGAUCCAACGAGAAACAAAGCUGCUGGGACUCAUCAGUCCCAAGAAAUCGUAAGUUGAAAUAAAGGAUGACAUCAUUAACAGAAAAGAUGAUGAUCAUUCCUCUAUUAUGUGUAAUACCGCUCUAAUUUCAGGCUAUACGAAUCAGUGAAUUCCCCGGAAACGAGUAUAAAUCACAAUGAGAGAGCAUCAACGUCACAGUCCACCAGUUUGCCCAGAGACCAACUUGACGAUGAGAUGAGGAACAACCAAAAGGGUAAACAGAGAAAGGCAGACUACCGUUUCAAAGAGUAAGUGAUAAAAAGACUUGAUCACCCCUUUUCUCUGCAGCCUCUUCGGUUCUUGGAAGAAGAAGUUCGGCAAGAGCAAAGAGAACAACAGUCUCCUGUUCGAGAGUGGGAUGAAUCCCGUCACAGAAUGGGUCGAGAAUCGGGCAUCAAUAAUAUCAGGGGAGAAUGGAACCGAGGAAAGUGGAGGCACCCUUAGGGCUGAAGAUCAUCAAACCACACGACCGAAGGACAAGAUGAGAUAUCAGAAGGGUGAGCAUCCGUUAUUUAUGACCACCCUCUUCCUAUUAAAUAAGUACUGUAGGAGUAGAGAAUCGCCUAACACGACCUUGUUUUGAAAUUUGUUUUGAUGACUAUGUUAUUUUGAUCCAAAUGAUGUAAACACAUUUGCAGACGGGGAAGCUCAUGAGAUGACAUCGUUCUUUGACACUAUGAACUCAUCCAUCAGUUCGAAAACAAGUUCUGUUGUCAGACCAAGUACAAGUAGUACAAGUGCCCUCGAUUCUUGCAUUUCCAAUCUGAGCUGUGAUCUCUCAACUUUAUCAUCAAACGCUCACACCACCGACGACAGAAGUCACCGACGAAAAUACCAUCCUAUUCCAGCCUUUGACAAUAUCAGAAAGGGAGAUGAGCACUCAGAAAAUCUACAAAUGUCGAUAAGCGGCAGCUUCGACAGCUGCUAUUCAUCGAUUACCAACAAACGGCACAAAAAUACCAAGAAGACGGUUGAUCUAGACCUCUCGGAAGGCCCUCGAAUGGCAUCUCGACCUCCAGAAUUCGUGAAACAAUCCAAAAACGAAUUCGACGUAUUCAGAUUCCUAACAGGGACUCUUUCGCGAUCCAUGGAUAAUGUCAAAGAUUUGUUGCCAGAACACCGUACGUCUGCGUUAUACCGAAAGUCAUCACUGAACUGUCUGAAUAACGAUGAUCUAAAACGAAUGGAGAAAGAAAUGAACAAGUGGCUAGCCAUGGCGCCGAAGCCAAAGAAAAGGAAGACAAAACGAAGGAAAAGGAUACAAUCACACGACGACAGUUACUCCAAGACCUCCCCCGUCCCCUCGUCUCGGCAUCUCUCGAUCUCAUCCCAAUCAACUCAGAGAUCAAACGCAUCCAGGAAAGGCCUCCAUUCGGCCAGAUCACACAGUCGACAGUUCAUGGACAACUCGAUGGAAGAGAGCGUCCACUCCUUUGAGAGCGACAUGCAAUCCAGGGCCAAUAGCAUGGAUUCUCAACGAUCCUUUGUGAUCGGUGCUUUCAGAGGAUCUAAUAAGCACUUGAUUCCAAAGGCAACAAUGGAAGACACGGACGUCCGCAAGUACGAUUUUGGUAAGGUUACUUUAACAACGUGCGCGUUUUCUCACUGCAGUUAUAAUGAUGUAAUCUUCAGAGGCCCAACAUAUCGUCAGAGCAGAGCCCUUGUUCUACGAGGUUCGAGAUGAUCUACAACGCUUUGCUAACAAGCGAGAUCGUCGGCACACGAAACCUGACUCUCUUCAAGGAGUCCGGGGAUCCAUCAGCUUUCAUUCUGGCUGUCAGGUCAUUGAUGAAGAGAUCAACUACACCCUGGCUCAGCCUAAGCAAACCAACCCAAUCACUGGGAUUAUCGGAUAA